AUGGCACCAAUCCUCACCUCUAACCCAACCCUCACACUGGUCCCUGAACCUCUCACACCAAUCAGCUUCGCACAAUUCGGCACAGCAAUCUGCUCUCCCAUCCCACGAGACCUCAAUGUCGCUCCUCAGCCCUCCAACCUCCCACCAUACAACCCAGCGCCAGUCCUGGCAAACCAAAACUCCGCCUUGAAAUAUAGUCCCAUCUCUCCCAUGCUUGAUCGCUACACAACCAGCCCAACCGGCACACCCAGCUCCGCACGCAUGACAAUGUUCUGCUGCUUCCCGCGCCAACUGCGCACAAUAAACAACAGAGGUUCCGAAAAAGAGGUCUUCGAUGUACGCAUUCUCGAGCGCCACCCGUUCACCAAUCAGACAUUCAUUCCCGUCGAUCUAUCAAGCCACUCGAAGGUCGGCGGUGGGGAGGAGGAGCCUAUUUUCUUGGUUGUUGUUGCGCCUACGUUGAAGGGGGAAGUUGCGACGGCUAAGAACGCUAAAGGCGAGACGAUCACUAUUCGUGAUCCGCCUGAUCUGAAGAACGUCAAGGCGUUUAUCGCGCGUGGUGGACAGGCUGUGACAUAUGGUGUUGGGACGUGGCAUGCGCCCAUGGUGGUUUUGGGUCCUCGUCGGGUGGACUUUGUGGUGGUUCAGCAUGUGAAUGGGGUCGAUGAUGAGGAUUGUCAGGAGGCUGCAUUUGGAGAGGGCAUCGUGGUGGAUCUGGGUGGGAAAGGAGAAUAUGGACGGAGGGCGAAUGGUCCACCUAAGUUGUGGACAGCGAAGCUCUAG